CAGUUGGUGAAAGUCGUCACUAGGACUACUUGGGUGACGCCCCUUGAUUGAUUUGCUAAUCUAACGAACAUUUUCCUCCUUAUUUUUAGACCGUGACAACUAACUGAAAGUCUCAUUCUCUCUGAUUGCGCCCGCUGUGUUGCAAUUUUUGUACUUUGCAGUUUGAGGUGCUUGACUGAACGUAUGUUCCCCCUGCAACUGCCUCACGACCAACGACAAGCAGCUGACGGAACACUUUCGCCUCCCAGCCGACUGUUUCCUUAGUCCCAACUGUUCUUUGUCUCUUCUGUACGAACAAGUUAGCCACUGCCACCAAUUCCCAGACGUGUUUGCUGACACUGGCUUACAGUUAGAUUUUAACCGAGUGACAAGAUUUAACUACACCAAAAUAGGCGGCUUUGGAACCAAGAUGUCCAACCGAGUGGUGUGCAGAGAAGCAAGUCACGCCGGGAGCUGGUACUCUGCUUCGGGAGCCCAGCUGAAUGCACAACUAGAAAGCUGGCUGUCCCAAGCACAGUCCUCAAUCAAACCCGCCAGAGCCAUCAUAGCUCCGCAUGCAGGGUAUACCUACUGUGGUGCUUGUGCCGCGCAUGCCUACAAGCAGGUUGACCCUUCUGUUACUCGUAGGGUGUUCAUUUUAGGACCCUCUCACCAUGUGCCCCUGUCCCGCUGUGCCCUAUCAUCAGCAGACGUCUAUAGAACACCUCUGUAUGACCUGAGAAUCGACCAGAAGGUUUAUACUGACCUCUGGAAAACGGGGUUGUUUGAGAGGAUGAGCAUGCAGACGGACGAAGACGAGCACAGUAUUGAAAUGCACUUGCCUUAUACUGCUAAAGCCAUGGAAAGCCACAAAGAUGAGUUCAGCAUCGUGCCCGUGCUUGUAGGUGCUCUGAGUGAGUCCAAGGAACAAGAGUACGGGAAGCUGCUCAGCAAGUACCUGGCAGACCCUACCAACCUUUUCAUUAUCUCAUCCGACUUCUGCCACUGGGGUCAGCGGUUCCGAUACACGUACUACGAUGAAUCUCAAGGGGAAAUCUACAGGUCAAUUGAACAUCUUGACAAAAUGGGAAUGGGCAUUAUAGAACAGUUGGAUCCCAUGUCGUUCACCAACUACUUGAAAAAGUAUCACAAUACCAUCUGUGGGCGUCACCCGAUUGGAGUGCUACUAAACGCUGUAGCUGAGCUGAGAAAGAGCGGUAUAGACAUGAACUUCAGUUUUCUGAACUACGCUCAGUCGAGUGAGUGCAGAAACUGGCAGGACAGCUCCGUGAGUUAUGCAGCGGGGGCUCUCAUCGUUCAUUGAGGUCGACGAUCGCAGGGGUCACUGCAGCAUCGCAGCCCUGCCAUUUAUUAUCUAUUGCCAUAACCUGACCUAUACAUGCUCCCCGCCCACCGUAGCCCCCUGACAAUCCCCAACCCCAUCCCCAAAACAAUGCCUUCUAUUUGCAGGAAGGACCGAGCCAAGUCAUCCUCCCAGCUCUCCCAUCUUUUUCCACUUUCCUCUCAGUCAGUCUCAGAACUUUAGAUGGAAUAUUUCGGUUGAAAGUGAACAUUUGAGACGGUGCAAAAGUUGAUAGAAGCGGUUAGGGUUGAAUAUUAUUUUGGUUUGAAGUUACAUGGGGAUCUUAUUUGGACUCUUGCAAGGGGCAUCGUUGUUCCAUGGAUUUUGAGAUGUGAUAAACAAUCUACGUUGGACACAUGGUGGUUUGUGCUCAUGUAAUCUUCCUCAGAAAAGGAAUGAAAAUGAACCCACAGAUCAUCAUGGAAAUCAAAAAUAGAGACGAUACAGGAUGGAAGUUAGAGAAUCGUUUUUUAUGGCUGCCUCAAACAACAUGUAACAAUGACAUCAGUUUCAUAGAUUACUUAACAUAGUACGUUGGCGUUUUGAACAAAAGGGCUGCAUUCAGUUGUGUUCACUAACCCCCUGCUUUACAAAACCAAAAACCGUUAUAUCUUACAUUACCUAAACACAUUUUAAUCACUUUUAUUUUUAAUCGUAUUUAUCCCUUAGCUUGUUUUAGGAGUUGUGCUAUUACCUGAGUACUGUGUGCAUUUGGACACAAACAGUGUUGUCGUAGAUGCUUUUUAGUCAUCAAUAUAAUUUAUCCAGCAAACUAGCAGUGCAACAAAGUUCCAACAAUAUGCUGUAACUUUCCCUGUGAUACUUACAAAUUAGGAAUCUUUGAAUUUCACAAUGGAUGGUAUUUAAGCCACUACCCCCCCCCCCCCUCCAUUUUUGGGGGAGCUGCACAAAGCCAUAAUGCUUUGCUGUAGUUGGAAUUUAGCAGUUCUGACCUUUACAUCUGCCAAAUGAAAUGUGCUCCAUAAUGAAGGUGUUAAGUGCAUACAGAAACUGAAUGCCUGCAGUCAAUUAAUUUUCAUGGUAGCAUAGACAAAUUGCAACAUAUUUCAGGCAGCACACGGUUUCCAUCAUCAUGCAUUUGAAGAUUAUAAUUUCAUACAGGGGAGGGGGGCGACAGGGACUUCCUGUCUGGAUGUUUCCCAAAAUGCUUAACAUAAAUGAGUACUCACCCCUCUUUGAAAGGUAAGCUUUUCCAUUUCUCAAUAAACACAAAAACAAGUUCCAGAAUUUGAUGACGAUAGUCAGCUACGGUUAAAUUGUUAUGAAUUGGACAUUUUUCCCAUAUGAAAUUGUAAUUUGGUGUGUACACAUUUUGAAAACAGUAUGGGGGAAGAAAAUACAUGUUUUGUGCGUGCAAAAUGACAAUUCACAUUUUCAAUCAAUGACCAACAUUUAUUGAGUAUUUUUUAGUAUACAGUAGUAGAAAAUACUGAUACUUAAAGGACCUUCUUGGUGUCCCUGUAAUUUUUUUGGUAUUGAACUCUUUAUGUCAAACACUGUAGAUGAUGCAGUCAUCUCAACGUUUGUUGUUCUCAACACCAUAAGAGUGUAGAGAGAAUACUCCAAAAUUUUGUUCUGGGCACAGACUGAAAGUUGAAUUACCCAUCAGUCACAUGGCCUGGUGUUGAUCUCAAACCAGUAAAGCAUGACACACUUGUGUUAUUGUGCCUUUCAUCAAUGUUGUACUAACACAUUUAGAGUAUAAUCUCACAAAUAGUCUUAUUUCUAAAGUGUUAAUGCUGCACAAUUUUUCGCCAUGUGUCUCCCCCUACAACGAUCCUCCUUACUUGGUGCCCACAAAAGUCACCUCCGGCCUGCAAUGUGUGUGACCUUUCACCCUGUCUCAAGUGGCACCCACUGUUUUCGCAUCUGCUUUCUCCAGCAGGGAUUGUUGCCCCCCUCCCCUCACCUAUUUCCUGUCGUGAGACAAAGUUCUGAACCUCAACACUGUUCUUUUUAUUUUAAAAGAUCUUUGUAUUUUAGAUUUGUUCGUGUUUUAUUUUUGCUGAGAACGCAACAACUUACACACAUCAUUUUCCAAAAAUUUACUACUCCUUAAACGGAGUUUUUUUUAAUCUCAGGUUCCACUGGCAAAGCAUCGCAAGAGAUUCUUCAGAUGAGGCAAAGGAUUUAUGUUACAAAACAAGUAAAAUGUACUGAAAAGCAAA